AUGCGCAUGUCCGUGGCUGCUUUGGAGCAGGCGGUGGCCAACGCCAACAUGAGGCACUCGGCGCAGGGCUUCGCUGUCCACAUCUUCAGGCAGAUCGCUUGGAUGCGGGAGCUCUCAGCGUGCGACCGCGCGGUGAAGGAUGCCGUGGUGGGCGCUCUGGGCCCGAAAUACGUCAACCUGCUGAUCCCCUGGCCACGCGCCCCACGGGGCCUGGAGGUGAAGGUGCCCGUGGCUGCGCUGCGCAGCGCCACCUGCUCGGUGGAGUACGACCCGUCCACCCAGUCCUUGAAGGUCUCUGCCGGCGGAGGGACUUGGUCCAUCUGCGCCUGGACGGAUCCCUCGGCGUCCUGCUGGGUGGCGCGGAACUUUGCGCAUCCCAUCCCCCACCACGCGGCCCCGGGCGCCGUGGGCGUGGCGGAACUCAGCCUUCACAACAGGACCUUCGGGAUUGGCUACAAGGUGCACCCCGAGGUGUUUUCCUCCUGGCCGGACCUGAGCGAGUGGAAGAACCUGGAUGGCGACCUUCACACCUACGCCUCCAUUUGGUCCAAGAUCCGGCUCUGCCAGGUGCACGCGGCGGCCGUGUGCGAGUCGGAAAGAGCCGGGGCAAGCGUGAAGGGCUCCUGGGCUCAGAAGAACGGAAGGUGGUGCUUUACAUGCACCUGCAUCAAGAGCGAGCUGAGCUCUGCGUUUAUCGAGGUGGCAGACAUGGCGCUGAUCAAGUGCAUUGCCCCUCAAGGCAUUGUGACACUGUACGGCUUGGUGCACUCCGUUUGGAAAACUGGAGCGGAGAUGAUCAACCUGGAGAUCCAACUUUCCGAGGUCGGGGCCCACAUCCGCAGCGCGCAGGAAGAGGCGGUGAAGGCGUCCACGAGCUUCCGGCUGCGGAUCUUUACGGUGCCGACCAAUGAGACGAAGAGCGUGGAGCUGCUGCGCUCCAUGCCUCGCAGCCCCCCGCUGGCAGGGCUGCGGUUGACCGCGCCCGACUCCAAGCAGCGCAAGCGGGAGCUGGAGCAGCGACCUUUGGCGACCCUCCAACAGGUGGAGCAAGCGGUGCAGCGGCCCCACUUCACCGUGAGGAGCGGGGUGACGCUGAACGAGAAGCAGCGCCUCGCGGUGAAGCGCGGACUGCAGCGGCCCUUCUCCAUGGUGCAGGGGCCCCCGGGCACUGGCAAGACCUCCUUUCUGGUGAACCUCAUCACCGCGAUGCUGAGCCUCGACACGCAGCGCUCCAGUCGUUGGCAGCGACUGCUGGUGCUGGCGCCCUCCAACCACGCGGCGGACGAGAUCGUGCGGCGCCUGCUGAGGGACACCAGCGUGCCACCUAUCUUCCUGACGCGGGUAUACUCGCGGUCCAUCGAGCGAGCAGAUGGCAGCAGCUAUCAGGGCGGUCCGCAGAUCCGCCACGACGCCUUCGACAUCAAGCCGGACGUUGCUGCGCAGGCGCUUCACCGGAAGGCGUCUCAAGCGCCCAUGAGGGAUUUGGGCUUCGGCGCUAGCUACGAGGAGGCGGAGCAACGCGUGCUCAAUCAGAGCAGGGUGGUAGUCACCACGGUGACAAACUCUUACUUGCAUACGGCCCUGAACUGGGUGAAGAACAACGACUUCUCCAGGGUUCAUCGGCCGAUUAAGUUCACCUCCGUCAUCAUCGAUGAAGCAGCCCAGGCCAGCGAACCGGAUGUCGUGAUCUCAUUUAUGCUCGCAAGUGUUCGCGUGGUUGUGGUGGGCGACCACAAGCAGUUGGGUCCCGUAGUAGCCGAGAGCAACCUGUGCGAUUCCUACAUCAACGUAUUAGAGACCCCAUUUUUGGAGAGGAUGUUGCAGAAGCCUCAGCAACAUUCAGCCAACACCCUGCUGAACGUGCAGUACCGGAUGCACCCCUCCAUCCGGAAAUUCCCAUCCACUCAGUUCUACAACUCCCAGCUCGAGGACGGUGUCACGGUGACCCACCGGCCAGAGCUGGCGCGCUUGUGGCCGACAAAAGAUGAGCACGUGCUCUUCGUGGACUGCCAGACGCCGCAAUGCUUCGGACUCUCCGUGGAGUGGGGGGGCGGCCAAGGGACGAGCUCUUUCAUGGAGAGCAAAACUUCCUUGAAGAACAGUGGAGAGGCAAAAUUGGUUCUGGAAGCCUGCAAAAUUCUGUUGGACGCUGGCUGCUCUCCUAGCGACAUUGCCAUCAUCACGCCAUACAAUGCCCAGCAGCAGGAGAUCGUGGCCAGACUUCGGCAGAGACUGAAAGACUCUCGUGACAUUCUGGUGGGCACUGUGCAUGCCCUGCAGGGAAGCGAGAGAGAGUUCAUCAUCAUCAGCUGCGUACGGAGUGUGGUCGAGGACGUUUACGAGCUUCAGCCAGAUUGCAUUGGUGUGAGUCAGUCGAAGGAGAAGCAAAGCCGAGCGCUGCGCGAGAUGUGCAGCUGCAACCUUGGGAUUCUUUCAAAUCCCAAGCUGCUCAAUGUGUCGCUCACGCGCGCCCGCUAUGGCUUGGUCUGUAUCGGCAACAGGUCAGUGCUCAGCAAUGGCUCUCAGGACUUCCUGGAUCUCACCCAAAGGAUGGAGGAGCGAGGCUGCCUGGUGAAGGACCUCCGGCCGCGCUUCGCUGGCCAUAUGUCGACGCAAUAG